GUACAUAUAUAACGCCGAUCGCCACUGCCACCCACCCAUCCAUCCAUCCAUUUCCAUUCGUGCACCACAACACAUCUUUCUUUCUCUCUCACGCGCGUGUUGGACUUCCUUCCACUUCUCUCUCCCAUCCGCGGCUGUGAAAGGUAAACAAACCAUGGCCUCGGAGAAGAACCCCGACGGCUCCAGCGGCUCGCUCGGCUCCAAGGCCGAAGUCGAACACCAUGACCUGCAGAACGGCAAAGGGCAAGGAGCUGCUAUCCCCGCGGGUACGGACGGCCAGGGGUUUCCAGACGAGCGCCUGGCCGCCUCGCGGAAGCUUGCCAACCCCCUGGCGGGCCUGACCCCGGAGCGUCUGGCGGCCAUGGGGGAGGACUACGCCCGGCUGGCGGGCCUGACCAGCGAGGAGGACCUUCGGGCCUUCCGCCUGGGGGCCAUGAUCGCGGGCGACCAGACGCGCGUCGACGCGGUACCGGGACUCACGGAGCGCGAGCGCGAGGUGCUGGAGCGCGAGACCACGCACAAGUGGUCGAACCCGCGCAUGCUCUACUGGGUCAUCGCCAUCUGCUCGCUGUGCGCGGCGGUGCAGGGCAUGGACGAGACGGUGGUCAACGGCGCGCAGAUCUUCUACAAGGACGUGUUCGGCAUCGGCACCGAGAGCCAGCGCGACACGUGGCUGCUGGGGCUGCUCAACGGCGCGCCCUACCUCUGCUGCGCCGUCGUCGGCUGCUGGCUCACCGACCCGAUGAACCGCUUCUUCGGCCGCCGCGGCACCAUCUUCGUCUCGUGCCUGAUCUCCGCCUUGGCCUGCUUCUGGCAGGCCUUCACCAACACCUGGUGGCACAUGUUCAUCGCCCGCUUCUUCCUGGGCUUCGGCAUCGGCCCCAAGUCGGCCACCACGCCCAUCUUUGCGGCUGAGUGCUCGCCUCCUAAGCUCCGCGGUGCUCUUGUGAUGCAAUGGCAAAUGUGGACAGCCUUCGGCAUCAUGGUAGGCUACAUCGCCGACCUGGCCUUCUACUUCGUUCCGGACCGCGGCAUCGAGCUGGGGCUGAACUGGCGUCUGAUGAUGGGCUCGGCCAUGAUCCCCGCCGUCGUCGUAUGCUUCCUGGCCUACAUCUGCCCGGAGUCCCCCCGCUGGUACCUCAGCAAGAACCGCCACCGCGAUGCCUUCGCGUCGGUCUGCCAGCUGCGCUUCGAGAAGGUGCAGGCCGCCCGCGACCUCUUCUACACCUACACGCUGCUCCAGGCCGAGCAGCAGGCCAUGUCGAUCGGCACCGCCAGCCGCGUCAAGGAGCUCUUCACCAUCCGCCGCAACCGCAACGCCAUGGUCGCCUCCGAGAUCGUCAUGUUCAUGCAGCAGUUCUGUGGCGUGAACAUCAUCGCGUACUUUAGCUCGGCCAUCUUCGUCCAGGCCGGCUACUCGCAGGUCUCGGCGCUCGCGGCCUCGCUCGGCUUCGGCGUGAUCAACUGGCUCUUCGCGCUGCCGGCCUUCUACACGAUCGACACCUUCGGCCGACGCAACCUGCUGCUGACCACCUUCCCGCUCAUGGCGCUCUUCAUGCUCUUCACGGGCUUCUCCUUCUGGAUCCCCGACGACACGCCCGCCCACAUUGGCUGCAUCGCGCUGGGCAUCUACCUCUUCGGCAUCGUCUACUCCCCCGGCGAGGGGCCCGUGCCCUUCACCUACUCGGCCGAGGCCUACCCGCUGUACAUCCGGCCGAUCGGCAUGUCGCUCGCCACCGCCACCACCUGGUUCUUCAACUUCAUCCUGGCCGUGACCUGGCCCAGCAUGCUGACGGCCUUCAAGCCGCAGGGCGCCUUCGGCUGGUACGCCGGCUGGAACGUCAUCGGCUUCGCGCUCGUGCUGUUCCUGGUGCCCGAGACCAAGGAGAAGACGCUCGAGGAGCUGGACGCCGUGUUCGACGUGCCCCUGCACCGCCAGGCCGCCUACGGCGCCCGCCAGGCCGUGUAUUUCUGGCGUCGCUACCUGUUCCGGCGCCGCGUGGCCAAGCCGCAGCUGCCGUAUGACGAGCAGGUCGCCUUCAGGGAGAAGGAGGCCCUGAGGAGGGAGGGCUUGCAGGCUAGGGAUGGGAGUGCCGGGGUGUGAGGGUGUUGUAGAGUGGUAGGUAGGUGUCGUUUAGUAGGAAACUGUUGCGUAUUGGGUGUUGGGUGCUCAGUGGGGUUAUGGAUAUGACUAGGCGUGUACUGGCGUUGGGUGGUUGGCUUAGAGUUGCUUGAGAUUUGGAUUUAAGGUAUUAUGCGGACUAG